GUUUACUGGACUUAUUGAAAACCCUCUCACGUCCACCACUUUUAAGCCUCGCGCUUGCGCGUAACGGAGCCGGGAGCUGUCCAAGUGCUGAAAUGAGAAAAGGCGUUCCUCUCCCAUUCCUUGACGGCCCCCCACCUGAGAGAGACUCAUAAGUAACAACACGGGCCAGCGGGUUGGUCUUCGCACAGCGAGCUCUCACGUCCGUCAGCCGGCACCGGAGCAGAGAGUCCAGCCGACGACGCGUCCCGGAGUUUCAUCCUCUCGACGUCUGCUCGCCGAACUGAUGCUUCUUCACACCUCCGCUGCGCGAGACCUGCUUGUGGGAGUCAGAGUUUCAUGAAACUCAACUAUGAUCCGUGGCUGCGUUGAGGAAUGUCUCCUGUGUUUUUAUGUGACAAAAGAACACCCAGACGCCCACGACUUGCUCAGGAAGAGAGCGGCGCUCCUAUUUGGAUUAUGUCUUUGACCAAUGUCAACAUAUGGGAGAAAUAGAAAAGUGAGCACAUGGGGAAACCACCGGGAAUGAAUCGCUCCUUUAUCAAGGUUCUGGCAGCUUUGUUCACGUACUUCACGGAGACAAACAACUUCAGAGCUGUGGAUGCCAAGGAGCAUGACUCCAGAUCCUCCUCCAACCUGUCUCCAUCAGAUUUUCUGGACUCACUAAUGGGUCGUACCUCCGGGUAUGAUGCACGAAUUAGACCGAAUUUCAAAGGUCCCCCUGUAAACGUUACAUGCAAUAUUUUUAUCAACAGUUUCGGCUCUGUCACAGAGACAACCAUGGACUACAGAGUGAACAUCUUCCUACGGCAGAAGUGGAACGACCCUCGGCUGGCGUACAGCAAAUACCCCGACUCCUCGCUGGACCUGGACCCCUCCAUGCUGGACUCCAUAUGGAAGCCCGAUCUCUUCUUUGCCAACGAGAAGGGAGCCAACUUCCACGACGUCACCACGGACAACAAGCUGCUGCGGAUCUUCAAGGACGGGACGGUCCUCUACAGUAUCAGGUUGACUCUCAUCCUGUCAUGUCCGAUGGAUCUGAAGAACUUUCCCAUGGACGUCCAGACCUGCACAAUGCAACUGGAAAGUUUCGGUUACACCAUGAAUGACUUGGUCUUCGAGUGGAUGGAGGUCGGCGCGGUGCAGGUGUCCGACGGUCUCACCCUGCCUCAGUUCAUCAUGAGGGAGGAGAAGGAGCUGGGAUACUGCACCAAGCACUACAACACCGGUAAAUUCACCUGCAUCGAGGUGAAAUUCCACCUGGAGCGCCAGAUGGGCUACUACCUGAUCCAGAUGUACAUCCCCUCCCUCCUCAUCGUCAUCCUCUCCUGGGUGUCCUUCUGGAUCAACAUGGACGCCGCUCCUGCCAGAGUGGCGCUGGGUAUCACCACCGUGCUCACCAUGACCACCCAGAGCUCGGGAUCCAGAGCUUCCCUUCCAAAGGUCUCUUACGUGAAAGCCAUUGAUAUCUGGAUGGCCGUGUGUCUGCUCUUUGUGUUUGCUGCACUGCUAGAAUAUGCCGGGGUUAAUUUUGUCUCCAGGCAACAGAAAGAGUUCCUCCGCCUGAGGCGAAGACAACGGAGGAAUCACAAGGACGACGAUAUGCAUGAAGGCCGCUUUAAUUUCGCUGGCUACAACAUGAGUCAGUGUCUGCCAACAAAGGACGGCUCGGCUGUGAAGAACGCUGCUCCAGCGUCGAACCCUCAGCCCGCCGUCCCCAAGGACACGGACACAAUGAAGAAGAAGUUUGUGGACAGAGCAAAGAGGAUAGACACGAUCUCCAGAGCGGCCUUCCCCCUGGCGUUCCUCAUCUUCAACGUCUUCUACUGGGUCACCUACAAGAUCAUCCGGCACGAGGACAUCCACAAAAAGUAAAGAGACUUCUACCUUCGACUUAUAUUUUUUCCAUUUCUCAGAUUGAGAAAUGCUCGGAAAGCACACAGCAGCGCGACGGGGAGCUGUGCAUUGAGAGACGCCGCGGGGGUAACGCCGGUGUUUUUUCAGGGAUACUGUACAGCGUUGACACAGUGACGCUCGUGUUCCGAUAACGUGAAGAGCUCUGAGGACGCGGACGCUUUUGUUUGUCUCUGUACUGCAGCGUAGGAUUUCCUGAAGGGAUCUAGAGCAGGGGUUUUCAAAGCGUGGGAGGAUGAAUCCCUCCGUUCUGA